AUGAGGGCACCCGACGGCACUGAGUUCACCGAUCGCGCCGAGUAUCGCAAGUAUCUCUUCCUCACGCAGUACACUUUUAAGGACAGGGAGGGCGAGAUCUUGCGCAAGCUUCCCGGUGACAUCGAUGGUCAGCCGUUCGACCUCACCUCUCUCCGCCGCUGCGAGGUAGCGUUGCUGGAUCGCUCAGAAGCAGUCCAAGUGGAUGAGCUCUCUGAUUGCAGGGUGUUCAUCGCCGCCUGCGUGGACUCGGUGUUCGUCCGCAACUGCACCGGCUGCGUCUUCACGGUGGCUUGCAAGCAGCUCAGGACCCGCGACUGCGAGGACUGCGAGUUCAGGCUGUACUGCAAGACCGAGCCCAUCAUCGAGACCUCCCACGGGAUGACGUUCGCGCCCUUCAACGGGGCGUACGUUGGACACGCCGAGCACCUCCGAGAGGCUGGCCUAAUGACACCCAACCUGUGGUUCGGCGUGUACGACUUCAACGAUGAGGCUAAGACCGGCGACAACUGGCGCCUCCUCGCCGAAGAGGAACAAGGUGGCGAACCUUGGCGUCCCCUGAACGACAACUCCGAGGUGGCCAUCCCGGCAACGGCGCCCGGUUCCGUGCCCCUCCCCAGCAAACGAACCGGCGGCCGCACGGGCGAGACCUCGGAAGGACCGUCGGCGACAACGACGACAACGAUGGCCUUCUCCUUGGCUACGAGCGCGACCGAGGCGGAGGCUGCCGUGCAGGCGGGGCAUCACGCUGCGGGCGCUGUUGCGAGAGCCCCCUCUUCCGACACCGCCUCCGCCGCCGCCGUUGCCGGAGGAGGUACGGGGUCCUCUCCCCCUACUGCUGUUGCCGAGGCGGCAGCGGCGGCGGCUUCCCGGAAGGCGGGGCAGGAGACUAGCAGUGCUGCCCCUCCUCGAGGCGUUUCCACCCUGGCGGGGGGGAGCGCGAGUGAAGGGGGUGCCGGUAGCGUCGGAAAAAUCGGCUGGAACCCGUCUCGAGCGGCGACAGCAACGGCAGCAGCGGCACGGGUCGGAAACGUGGGCGCGAGUGAACGGGACAAUGCCGGUAGCGUCGGAAAAGUAGGCUGGGACCCCUCUCGAGUAACGGCAACGGCGGCGGCGGCAGUAGCGACAACGGCGGGGAAACCUGCGGCCGCCGGAGGCGGCGGAGGAGACGCUGCUCCGUCGUCGCCGCAGCAACAAGUGGAAGCCGAAUUUGAAGCCGGCGGAGGAAAGGUAGGCUGGAGUUCCUCGCGUAGCGGCGCCGCUGGAAGUGGGGGUGAUCCGACGGAGACUCUCCCGGUUGAAGGGCGACACCAAGCACUGCUCCGUCCUACUUCUAUAGCCGGGGAGAGAGGAGAGAAGCAACCGUCUGCGCAACAGCAACAGCAGCAGCCUAAGGUGCAGCAGCAAGAACCGCGCAAAAAGAUAGGCUGGGACCCAACACGGGCGUCGAAACCGCAGCAGCAGCCUAAGGUGCAGCAACAGCAACCGCGUCAAAAGAUAGGCUGGGACCCAACACGACCGUCGAAAUCGACGACGAGGUCGGCGCGAGCUGCCGCCGCCGGCGCUUCCGCUUCAGCCCCUGCCGCCCCCAACGCCGGCGGCUCCGUCGCCACUCCGGAGAGCACAGCGAAGGCCAACGGCGCCCCACACGCUCGUGCUCUUCCUCCCCAUUCUUCUUCCUCUGCUACCCCAGGGGUAGCGACGGACCCGGCGGCUAAGCCGAGGGUUGGUUGGAACGCCUCUCGUGUGGGAAACCAGGCGGUACCCGCCCCGCUGGCGGCGGGCGAUAGCACGGCGGAACCACCCACGGCACCAGAGCCAGCAACAUCGGGGACGGCAGCGCACAAGCCUAUGCCCAGGGUUGGCUGGAACCCUUCUCGGAUUGGGAAUCCGGCUAUUCCUGCCCCCAUGAUGAACUGCCGCGCGUCUGGGGCUAAGGAGGCAGAGGCGGCCUCAGCGGUGGCGACGGCAGUGACGGCCGCUGUCGCGGUGGCGGGGCGGGGGGCUACGAGGCGGGGGGGCGGAGGAGAGGGCGUGGUGACUGUUGGCAAUGGCAAUGGCGACGGCGGCGGCGGUGUGGUGCGGCGGGCGGAAGUGCCGCUGCACCUGCGUGCGGUGUUGCUGUACGCGUCUACCCAGCGCGGGAUCGACCUCCGAAAGUGGUUCGACCUAGGCGGUGGUGGCGACGGAGAGAUGGAGGACGAAGGGCAGGCGGGCGAAAAAGCAGCCGCCUUGCUGACGAGGGUCCAGUUCGAGCUCGUGCUAGCCGGGUUGGCGGAAGGCUUGAAGGAAAGCGUCGGUCAAGACGUGGUAGCUGAUAUCGUCGAAAAAGCAGGCCCGGGUGCGCCGGGAGGGAGCGUUUACGACAACCGAGGGGGCGGGGCGGCGGCAAAGGCUCGAGUGGUGGCUGAGGUGGAGGCGGAGGUGGAGGCGGAUGAGACCGCCUUGCGAAGGAUAGUGCAACAGGCAGAUCUAUUCGACCGGGUGCUGGCGUCCUUGGGGCUCAAGCAGCCCGUCGUUGGUUCCAGCCAAGGGUCAACGCUCGCCGACCGGGAAGCAUCUCUGAGGGUUUCCACAGUCCCCCUCGAGGCAUUUCGGAAAGGCCUUGCGGAGGUCGGCCUCCACCUCAGCCGGACUAGGGCUAUUGCGCUAGCAACUCGUGCCUAUGGGCCCUUGCACCGCUUCAGCGACAGCGCCAUUGGCGACGACGGGACCGGACGGCCUCGUGCAGGGCGAAGACCCAACAACAACGCGGGUGGGGGGAGCGCGAGGUUAGGCAGCAGCCUCAGCAGCGGCAGCAGUGGCUCAAGAAUGGGCACCAAGAGCGGCCAGCCCAGGAGCGUCGACCGUCUCAGCCGCCGCGGCGGUAGCCGGGCAAGCCUCCAACGCAACAGCCCGCAACGCCCGCAACAGCAGCGCCAGCAGCGGGACAAGGGUGGCAACCGGCGGCGGCGGCGCCCGCAGGAGGCGCGGGGGCGAACCGCCGCCCGCGGUGAAGGCGGAGGUGGGAAGAGAGCGCCAUCCUUAUCGUCCCGGCGAAACGGACAAGCGCACCCGGUGCUGUCACCGACAACGCGGUGGGGGUCGACACCACCAGCACCUUUGCGCACGCAGUCGUCGCCGCCGCAAAGGAACAGCUGCCACGGGGAGCCAGAAAUCCCGGCCUGGGACCUGCGCCGGUACCUCGUGCGCCUGCGGUGCGAGUCCAAGUCGAGGCAGGCGAGGUGCGACCAGCGCCGGAGGAGGCUCCGCUGCAAUCCCACCGGUCAGGAGGAAGGGUGCGAGGACAGCGAGGGUUCGGAAGAGGAGAGGGAAGGAGGAGGAGGAGGAGGAGGAGGAGGAGCGACUGGUGAGGGGGGAGUGGUCGAGGGCGACGAAGACGAUGCGGCGGCGCUGUCGGUGUUUGCCGCCUGGGGAAAGAGGAUUCGGUGGGAGCGCGCCGAGAGGGAGCGAGAGCGGAAACGGGAGUUCCAGAGCGCCCUGGCAGGGCGGCCCCAUUCCCUGACGCUCGAACAGCUUCUGGAGUGCGUCCAUCGAUUCGAGAUCAUGCCCCCUGAGGUGAUGUCGAGGGAGUUGCGGGCGAUGGGCAAGGCGUUCUCGGAAAGCGUGGAGGGGACGCGCAGGGCCAGAGAAAUCGUUCGCCGGUGGAGCCAGGCGUCCCCUGCCUCUCGAAACGCCUGCGGCACCGACGGCCCUGAGCAGAAAGUAUGGGAAGACGUGCAGACCCUCAGCGGUGCGCAGCGCAGGGCUAGAGCUUGUGUGAUCGUGGCGAAACAAAGGGAAGAGGCUCUCGUGAGUGAGCUGAAGGAGGAGCUGAUGAGACUCGUCGGGUCUACCAAGAAGACGCAGAAGGUCGACAAGGCCCCGGGCAUGGAGGUGUUGCGAUCGUCGCGGGAGGGAUUGGACAUCCAUCGGCGGCUGAAGCGCCUCGAAUCUCUCGCAGCUGAAGAACACAGGGCGAGAAAGCUGGACACAGGCGGUAGCGGCGGACGGCCAAAAGGAGGUCGGCAGAAGCCGGCGACGUCUUCUUCGCCAUCGCCGCCGUCCCUCCUUCUGUCCAAGCGGGCGUUCAACGCCGAGAUGGGCGACGUCCUCUUCUCACUGACUGCGGACGGUUCGGCGGCCGCGCGGGCCCGGGAGCUCGCCGGCGUCCCUCUCAUAGCCGCGGACCUCCGCAAGAAAUGGGCCAAGGAGGGAAGAGGGGGAGGGGCAGAAGCGGACGGUGUCGAUGCGUCCCACACGGAGAUGUCUUCUCCCCUCGCAGGGAAAGAGAUCGGAGUUCCUUUCGCCGUAGAACUGUUCGGACUGGAAGAGGCGUUGCUCCUUGGAAGGGGACACAAAGACGCCGAAGAGAAGAGGGAGCGGGCGCUUCAACAGUACCGCAUCUGGUCGAAGGAGAAGAGCAAGGAAGCAAGGAAGGCGAGGAGGGUGGAGCAGGCAAAGCAGGCGGAGGAGGCACACCGAAAGCGGAGGAGAAAGGCGGAGGGGCUCAAGGCCUACCGCCGCUGGCUCCGGCUCGCCUCCAAGGAAGCGUACUUCUCACCCCAGAACAACAAGGUCGUUCCCAGGGUCCGUUCAUCGGGAGCUUUGUCCUCCCGGUCAUGCACACGAAGGACCCUCAGCUGCAGCGGCAGCGGUAGCAAUCGAGUCACCACCCCCACAACCACCACACUUUUACCCACAAAGAACAGCAGCAGCAGUAGCAGCGGCGCUGUCGUCACCAACGCGGACGGCAGCACCGCCGGUGGUGUCAGCGGCGGCGGGAGGGCGGUAGAGGAAGGACGACGCCGUCGCCAUUGGAACCCCAGCACCGAAGGCGCCGGCGACGUUUACAUGGCGGCUGAAGCUGGCUUCCCAGACUUUUUGUGA